AUGACAGCUCUGUGUCCUGAGCCUGAGAAGCAUCUGAAAAGUAAGGUAGAAAGGGCUGUGUUUUGGAGAGAAGAGCACAGAAGAGUUUGCAUGGAUUAUGUUAAACUGGGCAAUUAUGGAGAUAAGUUUGAAAAUAUUCUUAAAAUUAAGGAACUACAUUGGCAAUUGCAGUUGAAAACAAACCAUCCUCCCAGUCUAAAUAACAACAGUAACAUUAAAUACAUUAUUAACAGAAGAGAAGAGCAGAUAAAUCGAAACUUGCCAACAGACUUUAAAAAAAUAAGAAUUUCUAGCAACAAGUAUGAGUGCGCAGGAAGAGUUGAAGUUCUAUACAAUGGAACUUGGGGAAGUGUCUGUGUAAAUAGUAUCACUGCACAUACGGCCAACGUUAUUUGUCAAAACACGGGGUGUGGUGAAAGUGGAUACUUUGAAACUGAAAUCAAGGCUGAAGAAAGUUCUGGUCCAAAAUGGCUUGACUAUGUUCAAUGCCUUCAACAUCAGAAUAUAUUCUGGCAGUGUUCUUCCUCGGCGUGGGGUCAGAAUAAUUGCAAGCAAGGAGAAGAAGCUGUAAUUUCAUGUUCAGGUAAAGAAGAAAAAGUUAUCAUUGGAAAUCAAAGCAGAUGUUCAGGACCUCUUUUUGAUAAAUCAUGCGCAAGCAGUCUACAUUUGAAACUUGCUGGUGGAAACAGUAACUGUUUGGGUCGAGUCGAGGUGUGGUAUAAUGACUCCUGGGGUACCGUUUGUGAUGACUCCUGGGAUAUGAAUGAUGCAGAAGUUGUAUGUAGACAGCUGAAUUGUGGAAAUGCAGUAGCAAUUGUUUCUGAAGCAGCCUUUGGAGAAGGAAGUGGACCUAUAUGGCUGGACGAUGUCCAUUGUGCUGGAUUUGAGUUAUUGUUACACAGCUGUACUUCCCGCUGGGUGAGACAUGAUUGCAGUCACAAGGAAGAUGCUGGAGUCAUCUGUUCUGGUAUGUCAUUUCCAUUAGUUCUCUUCAUAAAUAACUCCUGA